GUCUGAAGAAAGCAGGCUACAGUUGUUUAGGGUAUCUGUGGCGUCCCAGACGUACGGGUUGCUUUGGUUGUUUUGGCUCUUGGAUAUUUUACCAGGGCGACACUAGCUUCUAGACGAAUUCAGCCAGCGUACAAAAAUAGAUACCAAACUGUCACAUCAGACGCCACAAGAUAGGAAUUCUUCUUCACUCUGUUUUAAUUAUCCUUAAGGUGCCGUACAAGGAGACUCAUUGGUGAAAUCCGGUUAAGUUUCUCGAAUACUGAAGACAAGUUCCAGUCAACAGCUGGAGGAAUUAUUUUCAGGAUGGAUUACCGUCGGUGUGUCAGUGUACUUAUCGUACCUGUUUUGUGCCUGUUCAUUGCAAUCAGCGAUCCUGUGACGUCACAGGAGCAAAUCCACGCACCUUGCUACAGCUGUGUCUUCUACAGGCUUCAUCACCAACAUCAACCAAAAACUCACAAAUCGGCCGAUGGUGCUUGUACAUUUCCUUGCUACUGUGAUGUUCACAUUUUGAAAUGUGGACCAGGAGUCAACGUUAUCCAAGACGGAUGUGGGUGUUGUAACAUCUGCGCACGGCAACUAGGACAGGCGUGCAACAGGCGACUGCGGUGUGACGAAAAGAAAAACCUUUACUGCAACAUGGGCGAGGCACCUCCUCCAAAUGGGAGUAUGCAGAAUGGAACUUGUGUGGUCCGCAGCCCCAAGCCUUGUCAAGUGAAUGGCGUCGAGUACGAGCACGGCGAACAGUUCAACCCAAACUGUUCCCUCCUGUGUACUUGUCAUAACGGGGGAUACGGUUGUAUCAGCCUCUGCCCCCAGGAAGAGCAACCACCCCAGGGGAGCUGCGCCAACCCCCAACUAACCCGCGUGCCCGAUCAGUGCUGUAGAGAGUGGACAUGUGACGCCGUUGAUCAGGCGGUGACCGAAAAGCCAUCCCCGGAAGAAAUCCAAGUUAUCAUGUCUGCCUCCAGGGUUGGAAAAAUAAUGCCGACGUUAUCAGGUCACAUACCGCCGUCACUUGUCGGCUCUGUGUUUAGGGUGCCCGGAAAAAAUUGCCAGGUGAACACGACAGCCUGGAGCCCCUGCUCGGUGACCUGUGGGGUGGGGGUAUCUGUCCGCAUGACCACUGACCUCUCUACCUGUCAGACGGUGCAACAGACUCAAGUUUGUUACGUCAGACCAUGCGAUAUGACAGAGGUGCUGAAUAGCCAGGAAAGUACUCAAGGAAACUGCACGCCGACAAUAAAAAGCAACCGGCCGCAUUCAAUAGUCUACGACGGUUGCCGUAGCUUGGAAACAAAGCAUUUCCGGUUCUGCGGACUAUGUGAAGAAAACACCUGCUGUUUGCCUCGGAAAAUAAAAACAAUUAUGAUGGAAUUCGACUGCGGAGAAGGACGGAGACGGGCGAUGAAUGUUAUGUGGAUUCGAAAAUGUCAUUGCAUUACCAAUUGCUACCCGCGCGUUUCUUUCUAGUAGCAUGUACAUAAACCGAGAUUAAGGCAAAUGGAAGGUUUCCGCUCUUCUGCUUUUAAUAUUGCCAGCUUAUAAGGCCGAGGAAGUCAGCCGGUUUUAAUACUGGAGAAAAUUCACGCAUCACAACUUUAAGUUGUCUGUGGGUAAUAUUACAUAAAACUCUCCACACCCCACACCCCCCUCCCUCUCCUCUCC